GUAUUGAGAUUGACGACGCUCGUCAUGUAGCCGUCACGGCAUAGAAUCACAAGCCAGUGUUCAACAGACGCUUCGCUUGCAAUAACAUAAACACCGUGUGUAACUUUUGGUGAAAAAUUUAUGUUAAUUCAAACCAAAAUUCCGAUUUUGCAAAAGCAACAAAUUGAUAAAUUCAAUUGAAAAGCAAUUGAUUGGACGCGAUUAUUGGGAUAAAAAGCUUAAAAAGUGUGAGAAUCCGUAUCAGAAAAACAAUUCGCAUCGAUUGCUUGCUAAGACUGUUUUCAAUUACUUGCUGUGGACGAAUUCGGGCCCGAUAAAAUGGCAAAUCUAUGUACACUCGAAAUAAGCAGAGAUGAAGACAUAGACAUAUGCCUCGUCUCAGUUGCAACGCCUUUGCCGCGUGAAUCAGACGUGCAGCAGCGAUGUUGGGCAGACAAAUCGAAAAGUAAAUGUGUAAUUGCUCCCUGGAAACCGUGUCAUAUAGUCUCCGAACAAAGUUUCAUCAAUGAAAACGAUGAGGAGGAGAGAAGUGUCAUUGUGCGAUUUGGUGAUCGAAAAAUGGAUUUACCAAAUUGCAAAUUAGCCUGGGCCAAGCGUAGCAAGUACUUCCAUAGUGGGGCUCGAGUAGUGGCGUUUCGCCGAAGCGUUGAUUUGCCGUACAUCGUCAAUGCUGGAACGUGUCAAACAAUUCCACUUUAUGAUAGACAAGAGCGUCAUCCAUAUCCGGGAAUGCUGGCAGCGAUCAGCGAAAAUGAAUUUCAUCAUAUGAUUUUCUUUGACGACGGCCAUGUGCAGAAAGUUAAAAAUGAGGACAUUCGAUUGGUGUAUGACUUCGAAUGCUUGGAACACGCUCAUUCCAACGCAAAAGCCUACUUCAAGUUCUAUCAAUCGCUUGAAAAGCACCAUGAAAUUCUUCCAACAAUCGAUCAAUUGGUGUCAAUUGAAUUGAAUGGCGAUUGGGUUUCAGCGGUAACGACCGAAAUUGAUCUUCCGUUGGCUAAAUUUUGUUUCAAGCAAGACGAACAACCGGAUCGAUAUGAAUGGCUUUAUUUGGGCUCGCCCCGGAUCGAACAAGUGUGGCGGAAAUUGAUCGAAAGUAAAGUGCUGGAUAAAUUAUUCAAUUUCACGCAUGUCGAAACCGAUUCCAGCGCCGACGACGAAGAUUGUAUUAUGAUUGAAAGAUGUUCGCAACCAAGCCGUGCAUCGAGAAGAAUCAAUCAAGCGCCUGAACCCGAUGGUCGGCCAUUGCAUCGAAAUCAUGAAUGUAACCAUGAUUGCAUGCGGCUGGAAGAUGAAACAGAAAUCAAAAAGUUCAGCCUGUUCCAUCGACCAUUGGCAGUUGGUUUCAAAUAUUCUGUGGACACUAGAUCGGGACCGUUUUAUAAAUCACCAUGCAAUCGCAUACUAAGAACAUAUGGCGCAAUACGGGAAUACUUAGCUAAAGUCAACUCAAAACUAUGCAUCGAAUCAUUCUCCUUGGAAAGAAACUUUCAACCUUCCGAAAAUCACCAAUUGCCACGCAGCAGUGUUGAGGUCAUUGACCAUGACAAUUUGCCGAUUUCCAUCUGUGACAGUGGUCUUGAGUUGGACAAGAACUUCAACUAUAUAACUGAAAAUAAGUUAGCCAUCAAAGACGUGGAGCUAGAAAACAGCUUGAAUCGUUGUUGCGAUUGUGCCAACAACUGUGAAGACAAGGAAAAAUGCAGCUGUUGGCGUCUGACCAUCGAAAAGUUGCUCGGACGGCCAAUUAAUCCAAAUUCUAACGAUCUGGAUGACAAUAAGGCCGUUGGCUACAAGAAUUUCCGAUUGAAGAAUCACACAGUCAGUGGAAUCGUUGAAUGUGGCGCCGAAUGUAAAUGCAACGUGGACAAAUGCGAAAAUCGACUGGUUCAAAGAGGACUACAGCUCAAAUUGCAAUUGUUCCAAACGGCGUCGAAAGGCCGUGGCGUACGCACAUUGACCGAUUUACCGCGCGGCACAUUCGUCGUAAGCUACAUUGGCGAGAUCAUUGACAAUGAAAUCGCUAGAAGCCGAUCGAAUUGCUAUCAAUUCUCAUUGGGUGAAUGGUCUGUUGAACGAAAGACACCAUCACCACCGUUGAAUGCGAAACGAGCUCGACUCGAGAGUGACGAAGUUGUUCAAGAUUUUCUCAACUUCUUUCCAAAGGUGGUUACAUGGCACGAUGAAAGCGACUCGGAAUCGGAGUCUGAUUCGAGUUCUCAAGAAGAUGCAGAAGAAAAAGAGGAAUUUGUUGUUGAUAGCCUUUAUUCUGGCAACAUUUCACGUUUCUUCAAUCAUUCGUGCAACCCAAACAUGUUUGAGCAGCGCGUGUUCGUUGGUGAUGAUGAACGAUUCCCGGCCAUUGCCUUCUUCACCAAGGACCUUGUAAAAGCCGGCGAUGAACUGACGUUCGAUUAUCGAUAUGAAUUGAUGGAUGAACACCGUACUCUGUGCCGUUGCGGGGAAAAAAACUGCCGUGGACGUUUGAGUUGAGCAAUGAAUCAAUGAUCAACUUUCAAGAUUAAGCCCAGGAGCGCAAUUAACACAUAAAUAUACGAAGUACAUAAGUCGACUUGGGCCAAAGUUUUGAUUUAAAUUAAGGCAUUAGCAACUGCAUCACAGAAGAAACCAUUUCUACCGAAAUUUUGAACAUUGCAUAAAAGUGCCUGAAUAACUUUUACAUUAUUUUCAUAUAUUUUUUACAUUUGCUUGAACUAACUCACUUUUGCUUGCAUUCGAAUAGGGCAACUCAUUCUUUUGGAUUAUGGAACAAAUGCAAAUUCAGAAAUUGUGGGAAUAAUAUUUCUGUUUUGUGUGCUGUUUUAAGCGACAAUUAAAAUUUAAAUUAGUAGAUAGUGAAACAUCCAUUAUUUUUCUUAAUAAGAAAAUUUCUUAUUGACAUAUUGAUUGUUAUGAACAACAGUAGUUAGCUACAAAAUUGGGGCGAAAAGAUUCUUUGGCAUUGAAGGUUAAUUCGCAUCAAAUCUUUAGAAAAGAUUGUAUCAACGUUUUUGAUUAAAAAAUCAUAUUUUCAUAUUAUUUUCAUGGAAUUGAAUUACAAUAAAUUUUUCAUUUAUUUCGCACUCGACAAAA